AGUAAAACGCAUUUUUGUGCAGGCAACUUCACUUGUCAAAGAAUUAAGUGAUGCUUUUUUUUCUCCCUUUUUUCCUCCCAGAACCUGUAUCUUUCUUUGCACAGCUGCAAGACGAGCGCCAGUGUUAAAGUUUUCUUAAUAAACGACUCUCCCGGUUUCUAAAGUGCGGACACAGUGGUUUUUGCAGGAGCAUGUGUUGCAAAAAUUACCCAAGUAAAGCGUUUGUCAGCAGAUUGAUUCUUCUCCGUGUCCACUUUAAUAAACGACCUGUAGCAAUGUCAAUACCAAAGCUCUCGGAAGAAAAAUCAGAACCGAUGACAAACAGCAGCACGUUACAGAUCAAUGAAGGCGCGAGUGGAGCGGACAACGUCAGUGACGCGGUGACAGCGAUGAGCGCGCGGGGUGAAAACGACCUCUGCGCGGCGAAGUUCACAGAGGAAGAAAUGGCCAUCCAUAGAAUCCAUAGACAAGCGUGUGCGGCAAAGAAGCAGAUGUAUGUUGACCCUUCCAGUGGGUAUAAGGUGUUCACAGAGCAUGCCCACCUUCAGAGAGGGAAAUGCUGUGGCAGCGUAUGCAGACACUGUCCGUAUGGCCAAGUCAACGUGAAGGACCCCGCAAUGAAGAAACACUUUAAUUCACUAUUUUAUGUAUAGACCCAACAGAUUCAGUCCAAAGGUAAAGCUUUGGAAACCUGUUUGGAAUGGAACCCACCACACGUUGCUUGUCU